AUGACGAGCAUGACCGAACCCAGUCAUCGUUCAAUUGAAAUUCCAUUACAUUCGGGUGAUGAAGUUAUUGAAGUAAGUCUUGAUCAACUUUCAGAUGGACAAGAAGUUCUUGCUAUACUUCAACAAGAAAAUUGUCCGUUACAUAUUUGGGUUACACUUGCUUUGGAAUAUUACCGUCAAGAUAAAGAAAAAGAUUUCGUUGAAAUUCUUAAAUCAGCAUGUAAUGAAAUCAAUAAUCAACGUCAACAACAAACAACUGGUCAACGUGCACAAGAAGCUGAUCAAAUGCGUUGUUUAGAUACAUUAGCUGCUUACUAUGUUAAACGUGGUCAUCGAGAAAAGGCCAAAGAAAAAAAGCGUGAAUAUUUUACUCAAGCUACAUUACUUUAUACACAUGCUGAUAAAAUUCUUAUGUAUGAUCUCAAUCAUUUACUUGGUCGAGCUUAUAUUUGUUUACUCGAGGGUGAUAAAAUGGAUCCAGCUGAACAACAGUUUAACUUCGUGCUUAAUCAGAUGCAAAAUAAUAUUCCAGCAUUACUUGGUCGUGCUUGUAUUGCAUUUAAUAAAAAAGAUUAUCGACAAGCAUUAAAUUUAUAUAAGCGUGCUUUAAAACAGGCACCAGACAAUUCUUCAGGUAUUCAUGUUGGUUUAGCAAAUGCAUUUGCUAAAUUAAAUAAAUUGGAAAAAGCUGAAUUAUCAUUUAAUCGUGCAAUCGAUAUUGAUCCAAAAUGUGUUGGUGCCUUAGUCGGUUUAGCUAUACUCGAAUUGAAUAUGAAGACACCUCUAUCAAUUCGUAAUGGUGUGAUCAAACUUUCUCGAGCUUAUCAAUACGAUCCACAAAAUCCUAUGGUUUUAAAUCAUUUAGCAAAUCAUUUUUUCUUUAAAAAAGAUUAUACACGAGUUCGUCAAUUAGCAAUGCAUGCAUUAAAUAAUACAGAAAAUGAAGCGAUGCGUGCUGAAAGUUGUUAUCAUUUAGCUCGGGCUUAUCAUGCUGAACGUGAUUAUGAAGAAGCAUUUCGAUAUUAUUAUCAAGCGACACAUUUAGCACCAGAAAAAUUUGUUCUACCAUUAUUUGGUCUGGGACAAAUGUAUUUGCAACGAGAAGAUACCGCAAAUGCCAGUGAUUGUUUUGAAAAAAUUUUAAAAAUUCAUCCAAAUGAUCAUGAAUCAAUGAAAAUCGUGGCUAGUAUCUAUGCAGAAUCAAGUGAUCAAGAUAAAAGAGAUAAAGCAAGAGAAUAUUUGAAAAAGGUUACACAACACGAUCCAAAUGAUAUUGAUUCGUGGAUUCAAUUAGCUGAAAUUCUUGAAGGAGUUGAUCUGCAAGCUUCAUUGGAUGCUUAUAUGACAGCAUCGAAAUUAAUUCGUGAUAUGCAUCAUAAAGAUACUCCAAUGGAAAUGCUUAAUAAUAUGGGCUCAUUACAUUAUCGUUUGAAUAAUUAUGAAGAAAGUCGAAAAUGCUUCGAACAAGGAAUAUUAUAUGCUGAACAGGCUCGUGAAGUCGAGCCAGCCUAUGCAAAUUCGAUUCUUGUUACAAUGCGUUAUAAUUUAGCUCGUGUAUGUGAAGCAUCUUUUGAAUUUGAUAAAGCUGAAACAUUAUAUAAAGAUAUUUUACGUGAACAUCCGAAAUAUGUCGAUUGUGUACUUCGUCUGGGUUGUAUGGCACGUGAUCGUGGACAAAUUUAUAGCGCAUCAGAUUGGUUUAAAGAUGCACUUGAAAUCAAUCAUAAUUCACCAGACGCAUGGACAAUGAUUGGUAAUUUACAUGCGGCUAAACAAGAAUGGAGACCUGGACAAAAGAAAUUCGAAAGAAUUUUACAUAAUCCUCAAACUGCAAAUGAUUCCUAUGCUUUAAUUUCAUUAGGCAACAUUUGGUUACAAACUUUAUAUAUGCCAGCACGUGAUAAAGACAGAGAAAAACGUCAUCAAGCUCGUGCUCUUCAAGUAUAUAAAGUCGUUCUUAAAAAUGAUAAUCGAAACAUUUGGGCUGCGAAUGGUGUCGGCUGUGUUUUAGCUCAUAAAGGUUAUCUUAACGAAGCUCGUGAUAUCUUUGCACAAGUUCGUGAAGCAACUGCUGAUAUGCCCGAUGUUUGGCUUAAUAUCGCACAUAUUUAUGUUGAACAAAAGCAAUAUAUUCCUGCUGUACAAAUGUAUGAAAAUUGUUUAAAAAAAUUUUACAAAUAUAAUAAUGUUGAAGUAUUAACAUAUUUGGCUCGUGCACUUGUCAAAGGUAAUCGUUUACAGGAAGCACACAAUGCUUUAUUAAAUGCACGCCGUGUUGCACCGCACGAUCUCACAUUAAUGUAUAAUAUUGCAUUGGUACAACAAAAACUAGCUCAAGAAAUUUUAAAAGAUGAAAAUUCAACAUUAAAUUCUGUUCUUAAAGCAAUUGAUCAACUUCGAAUUGCUCAAAAGACAUUUUCAUGGCUUGGUGAACACGGUGAUCCGCACCGUCUUGAUUUAAAUCAAGCAUCACAAGAAGCUCGGCAAUGUUCAGAUUUGUUGUCUCAAUCAGGUUAUCAUGAAAUUCGUGCACGAAAGAAAGAUGAAGAAGAACAACUUGUACGAAAGAAACAAGAUGAAGAAAGAAGAAAAUUACGUGAAAAACAAUUUCAAGAUGCGGAAGAACGACGUCGACUAGAAGAUGAAAGAAGACAAUUGGAACGUGAAAAACGUCAACAAUUCGUUGAACGCACGAAGAAUUUAUUAACAACUGCAGAAUCACAAUCAACUUCAGAGAAACCUCAACGGUCGACCGGCGGAACUAAAAAGAGACAAAAACAUGAUGACGAAGAAGAAUUUAUUAAUGAUACCGGUGAUCUUAUCACAAAUACUGAAAAGACGCAGAAAAAACGCACAAGAAAAUCUUAUGACGGUGAAGAAAGACGUGAACGAAAGUCAUCGAAGAAACGAAAAAUCAUUGCUAGAAGUGAUAGUGAAAAUGAAAAUGAUGAAAUGAUUAAACGUAAAAAGAAGUCAAGCCAUAAAAAACGAUCAAGUCGAGCAACAACAACAACAAAUGAUGACGAAGUUUCACAAGAUAAUGAAGAACGAUUAUCUGAAAAUGAACCAGAUAAUAAUGAAAGUGAUAUUGAAGAAAAACCAAAACGAAAACCAACAUCAAGAAAAUUAACGACAAAUCGAUCGAAACGUUCCAGUAAAUCGAAAACAUCUCAACGACAAUCGGAACAAGCUGGUCGUUAUAAAUCGAAAGCAACUAUUUCAAGUAGUGACGAUGAGUCUGAUAAUGAACCAUCACGUCCAACGAUUCAAUCAGCUGAUGAUCAAGAAGAAGAAGAAGAAGAAGAAGAAGACGAGGAGGAGGAGGAGGAAGAAGAAAUUGAAGAUGCAAACAAAGGGUCACCAGCAGUGAACGAAGUUGAACAAAACGAAGAAGAGGAAACAGCUGAAGAUGAAGAACAAGAACCUGAAGAAGAAGAAGAAGAGGAGGAGGAGCAAGCACCUGAAGAUUUAAUUGUCAGUGACGAAGAUUAA